AUGAUAGCUUUACCGUUUCAAGUCUCUCUGCUAGACUUUGGCAUCACAUUGGGUGCGCCGAUUCCGUUUCGGUUCAUAAACAUUGGCCUUGAGGACCGGUUUGUAAGAUCGUUGAUUACUUCGCGCCGAGACAAAUUUUAAAAUUUUCGUGGAAUUAAAGUUUAUUUGUAACAUUAAUCAGUGCCUUCAGGCGGGUCGUAAAGUCGUAUGUGUUGGAGGUUCUAAUUCGAAGCGAACGACAAACAAUCCGGGACGGCCGGAGAUCAUGAAACAUCCGACCCAUUAUAUCGAGAGGUUCUUCUACCAGCUGGGAACGGUAGUCGGACGACAUCCGUACACUGUGAUCGUCUCUAUUCUCUGCUUUACAUUGAUCUCGGCAUUCGGAUGGACUCGAUUUGAAGAGAUUAAUAACGUCAGAACAGAGUAUUCUCCCCAGAAUGCCCCUUCUCAGAAAGAAUACGAAGUGGCCAAGAAGUUUUUGAAACAAAAUGGAACCAUGGACCCUUGCUAUGUAAUGACUCAUGCCAGAGAUGAUGGGAGUUUGUUGAGGGAAAAGUAUCGAUGGUUGGUCUACAAUCUGACUAAAGCUUUGCAAACUGAAGUGAAGGUGGAAAAGAAUGGAAGAUUCUACGGAUAUACGGAUCUAUGUGAGCCAUAUUGUGAACUGAAUACGGCGUUCUUGGCUUUCCUAAAGUUAUAUGAUCCGAAGAAUCCGAGCACUUACACCUAUCCAUCCAUCGAUCUCUUUGGGAAUCAAGCUUUUAUUGGUAAGUUUAUAUUUUUUAAAUCAUCACGUACUAUUCACAUUGCGCAAUAUUAAAGUCUGGUUUUUAUCGAUUUAUUUUUAGGAAACAAUGUGUACGGUAUCAAGAUGAAGAAAAAUACGAAUGAAUUGAUCUCCUUCGACACUGCUGUCAUGCCGUUCUUUGUGGUCGCGGCCUACGAAGAUCUGGACGUUUUAGUGGCCUGGCAGCAAAAAGCUAUCGAAACUUUAGAAAAACCAGAAUUCAGCGAUUUUUUAAAAGUAAGUGCCAUCGUUUACAACCUCGGCAGUGACUGCCUUUUUGCUGCUCUUGAAUUACUUUACAACAACAUAAUCGCUUUAUUCCUAACUUCGAAUUUACAGACCGGCAUGACCGGCGACAACCUGGUAUCCUAUGAAGUUCGGAGAAUGGGAAUCGAGACGGCCCCAUUAAUUAUCGGCUCCAUCGCUGCCAUGAUUGUUUUUGUUGUUGUUUUCUCAUUCAGGUAACGUUUAGGAAAAGCCCAAGGUCAAACCAUUUCCUCUCCAAGAAUGGUGUAAUGUUACAUUGCCUGUCCAGUCAGGGUACUGACAAGGUCUCUUAGAAAGUCCAUUCAACACCCCUCUGCAUAACAUUGAGGGCAUUUUCGUUACAAUAGGGGGCAUUGAGGCGGUCACGCUUUUGAAAAGAAAAGACCGAACCCAGUUGGAUACUUUGUUAUCGAAUACCGGCAAAAAAAAGAAACCAAAUUGGGAUCGGAUUUGGAGGUGAGAGGCAGUCAAAAAAAGAAAAAAAGGGGUCAGAUGACUGUUUACAACGCAGAAACAUAACCGGAAGUGUUCUUGCAGGGUGAUCAAAGUACAGAGUAAGCCCUGGGAAUCGUUCCUCGGAUGUCUGAUCCCACUGUUGGCCAUGGCCUCGGCUGUGGGCCUCAUGUCUUUGAUCGGGAUGAAGUUCCAAUCCAUUGUUGUGGCCGCUCUUUUCUUGGUCCUGUCAGUUGGAAUCGAUGACAUCUUCAUUCUGACUCGAGCCUGGAAUCGGACGGAUCACAGGAAUUCCGUGCAGGACAGAAUGGCCACAACUCUCGAGGACGCGGGUCCGUCCAUCACCAUCUCUGCCCUCACAAACAUCAUGUCCUUUGCCAUUGGUGCUGCCUCGGAUACCCCUGCGGUCCGAACUUUCUGUAUUUUCUCGGCCGUUGCCAUCUUUAUUUGUUACGUCUAUCAGCUGGUCCUGUUGUCGGCGAUCCUCUGUUUGAGUGGAUAUCGAGAAGAGAAAGGAUACCAGUCGUUGUUGUGUUGCUUGAAGGCUGACACGACGGCUACGUGUGGAUUGGCCGAGGCCUGUAGUCGUCUUCACGACCGAGUUGUUUAUAUGUGGUCCAAAGCCGUGAUAAAAUGGCCAGUCCGGCUCUCUUUGGGACUUUUAAUGAUAGCCUACUUCUACAUUUCGUGGACGGGGAUUGCAAAGAUGCAGUCCAAUAUCUCCAUUGACAAGAUGGCUUUGCCUGAUUCGUACCUGCAUGAUUUCCAGGAGUCUUUUGAGAAGGCCUUAAGGAAUAUGCAGCCAAUAUCUGUGUUUGUUUUGAAACCUGGAGAUCUUAGGGACCCGGUUCAGUUAGAACGUAAGUUUUAUGCUUUAUUAAGCGUACAUCAUGUAUGUCAUCCAAAACCUUCCUUUCAGGUGUUAAAAGACUUGUUCAUGACUUUGAGAACUCUCUCAACUCUUAUGGAUCUGAUUCUACUUUCUUUUGGCUCUCGCAAUAUGAAGAUUUCCUUAGAUUUUAUGGAGAAUCAGAAGAGUUCACGUACACGGAGAUCCCCACUUUCUUCAAGUCAGCCACUUAUUUCUUCUUGAGUUCGUUUGUCCAUAUGAAUGAGUCAGCCUGUCUUUUGGAUGACCCUGAUUGUAUCCAAUCCUUCUUUUUCAUCACCAAUUUCCAUGAUGUCAUCAAGUACCAUGAGUUGGUGCCUACAGUAAAGAAAUGGAGAGAAUUGUGCCACAAUUACAGUGAUCUGGAGGUCUAUUCUUACAGCGAUCACACUCCAUUUGUGGAUCAGGUAAGUGUUUUUUGGUCAUAUAUUAGGACAUCUUUUAGACAAUGGCCAUCGAUGCGACAGUAUUCGGAAGUGUGGCCGCGGCCUUAGCAUGCACUGCGGUUAUAUGUUUGUUUUUUAUUCCCCAUGUCCUGAGUGUUGCGGCGGCCGUGUUCUCGGUCUUCAGCAUAAGUUGGGGUCUCUUCGGAUUCCUCGCCCUUUGGGAAGUUGAUCUGGAUCCUCUGAGUAUGGCAGCCCUCCUGAUGGCCAUCGGUUUCAGUGUCGAUUUCACAGCUCAUAUUAGUUACCAUUACUAUAAAACUCCUAACACUGUAAGUUGAGAUACAUUUUGCACAAAUUAAAGAAUUUAUUUAUAUUGUAAUUAAUAUUAUCGAUGUUUAGCACCCCCAAAAGCGGAUUGAGCAUGCUCUUCUGGUUAUCGGAUGGCCGAUGGCUCAAGUCGGUCUUUCCACAAUUGUCGCUCUUCUCCCCCUCCUGUUCAAACAAUCCUAUCUUGCAAUGGUAUUCCUGAAGACGAUCAUCGUUGUUGUUCUUCUGGGCAUGUUCCACGGUCUUAUUUUGUUGCCAGCGGCACUUACAAUGAUCACCCGAUAUAAUCCAGAUAAGGCCAAUUCCAGUGCGGAAUCCUCAGAACGGUCUUCUCAACGGUCUACCGAACGAAAAGAAAGUUUUUACAAAGUAAGCAGCUACCAAUUUGAUGAAUAACUUGAGUAUUCUGCUGAUUUUAUGUUUAUUUUUAGUCCCAGCAUCUAAUCAAAAGCCUAAACAAGGAAGUUGGAUGGCUAGCCAGGAAAACGAACUCUUUCCGGAAGGAUCGGAUCAAGCCUUUGGACAUAAAUGAAUUAAAUAAUACAACCUCAACCGGCCCUGUCGCCCUUGUUCACAAGAUUCCCUUAGGGCGAACAACGUCCAAUGCUACUUAA